UACGGGGACGUGACGCGCGCGCGCGCUCUGCCUCGUGCACAGGUUGUCCUCCAUCAGCAGUCAUGUCGGUGUCGCCCGCCCUCGCCGACCUGUCUCGUCUCUAUCAGACGGAGUUCGUGCGGAGUGCCCGUGCAGUCGGCGUCCUCUGGGCCGUCUGCACGCUCUGCUUCGCCAUAAUUCAGGUGGUCAUCUUGGUGCAGCCGUCCUGGAUCGGAACGGCAGCUGCCCACCACCAGGGGGCGGGCCCUGCCCCGCCCAGUGGCACCCUGGGGCUCUUUGAGGUGUGCGUGGAGUCCGAUUGGCCUGUUCCCGAGUGCCGCGGCCGUCUGUCCAGCCUGUCACCCCUCCCCUCCUUCCAGUCAGUGGCUGUACUGGUGGGCGUGUCUUUGUGGGCAGUCUGGACCAGCGUCCUGUGUCUCUGCCUCUUCAGGUUCUGCAGCGCCGCCACCGUCUACAAGAUCUGCGCCUGGCUGCAGCUCACUGCAGGGUUCUGUUUGGCUCUGGCAUGUCUCCUGUUCCCGGAUUCCUGGCAGAGUCCGGAGAUGCGAGCUCUGUGUGGCGAGGCGGUUGCCAGUUUCUCUUCGGGGAACUGUUCGGUCCAUUGGGCUUACAUCCUGGCUAUCUUGGGCGUGCUGGAUGCCGCCAUCUUGGCCACGCUGGCCUUCGUGCUCGCCAACAGACAGGAUGCUCUGCUGCCACCUGACACCAAGGACGUGACCACGGGCCUGCUGAUGUCAGCGUAGACGAGCAGGGAAGCUCCUGCUGUUGUGUGCUGCUCCUCCUCCUCCAGGAGCAUUUGUUCUCCUCUUCCAGGAGCAGCUGUUCUCCUCUUCCUCCUCCAGGA